AUUGCUUCCCCUGUGGCCGCUCCAUUAUCACACACAGAAGCAGCAGCAGCAAACAAAGAGAGAAAAUGACGACAAGAUUCAAGAAGAACAGGAAGAAAAGAGGUCACGUCAGCGCCGGCCACGGGCGUAUUGGAAAGCACCGGAAGCACCCGGGAGGUCGUGGUAACGCCGGAGGAAUGCACCACCACCGCAUCCUCUUCGACAAGUACCAUCCCGGUUACUUCGGCAAGGUCGGUAUGCGGUACUUCCACAAGCUCCGCAACAAGUUCCAUUGCCCUAUCGUCAACAUUGACAAGCUCUGGUCGUUGGUUCCUCAAGAGUUGAAGGAUAAGGCCUCCAAGGACGGUACCAAGGCGCCGUUGAUUGACGUCACGCAAUUCGGUUACUUCAAGGUUUUGGGGAAGGGGAUUCUUCCUGAGAACCAACCUGUGGUCGUGAAGGCCAAGCUUGUUUCAAAGGUUGCGGAGAAGAAGAUCAAGGAGGCUGGUGGUGCUGUUGUUCUCACCGCUUGAUUUCUAGGGUAUUAUUCUAUUUUUGAAUAAUUUUAGGGUUUAUGCUUUUUACAUUUUUGGUUUUUGGACUAUUUUAAGAUGUUGGAUGUUGUUAUUAUUAUGAUAUACUUGAGCUGGGUUAGUUGAAGUGUUUGGCUCGUACUUUAGUCUAAUUUGUCUGUUGGAUGUUUGAUUAUAAAUUUGAAGUGGGGAUCAGAUUAAUUGGA